AUGGAGUAUGGUGGAAAACUAAAUUUGGUUUCUAUUCUUCAGUCUUGCAUAAAGUAUCCUUGCAGACCCAUUCCAGUAGACAGCCUCGUUGGAAUUAGUAACCCGAAAACAUGGUUUGUGUGCAAAUACACAUUGAUCUGUUGCUGUUUGUUGUUUCAAGGGAUAUGUGAAUACAUGGUGCAUUCAGUGGAGUGUCCCAGUUCCAUGAGCUGUUUCUGCAGGCAGUCAUCUGCAUGCGCAAGGCAGCCAUGCAGUAUUUAUGAAAGGCAGUUGCUUUCAGGUGUUAAAGGAAAUCAGUCCAAGGAGUGUGCAUACCAGAAAGGUUUGGUGUUCCAUGGGAAAAUAGCCCCAGAGUUUCCGAUUAGCUGUAUGAAAAGAGGUGUAAAAAAAAAGGGUGGGAACUGUCACUCGGCUGCAAAAUCUUUGGAAUGUGGCGAUGUGUGCAUUUUUGUGCAGCUCGUUCACGUGUGCGUUUCUAGAAUGUGUGUUCAUUGUAAGCACAUAGCAAUUAUUGCUCCCAGCUUUUUGUAUUAUAGCAAGAAUGGAGAAGCUGUAGCCCUCUAG